ACAUGGUUGGAGACACCGACUACAGUAAAUACGAUUUAGCACGCCUUCGGGCAGAGCUUGAACAGGAGAGGGAAAUGAAAGAGAUGCUUGAAGAGUCUGUGUCUGAUCUGAGGAGCACCAUGUGUGAGCUUCAGGAAAGACUGCACAGUGUUGACGGGGAGGGCAAUGAGUGGAAGACCAGGUAUGAGACGCAAAUCGAGCUCAGUGGACAGCUGGAGAGACAGAUCUCAAUCGUUCACGAGAGACUGGAGGACUUACGAGGGAACCCCAUGGAUCGAUUAGCCUCCAUCCGCACAUAUGAUGAAAUGCCAAUAGACACACUGAGACAGCGCCUGAAGCUUCUAACCAACGAGAAGUGUGACCUCCAAAGCCAAUUGAUGGACUGUCGCCUCAGAAUUGAACAAGAAGGGAAGGCAUUUCAUAAAACCAAUGAUGAGAGGCGAGCGUAUCUUUCUGAAAUCGCUAAGCUGUCUUCCACUCUUGAAGCCAACAGAAGGCAGUUCUCCAUCCAACCACAAGGGGCAGCAGAGAGCAAACAGAAAAGGUCAGUGAGGUUCAGCGUUUGCCGCAGUAGAGGUUGA